AUGGCAGCCCAGUGAACUACAAAAUCCGCUGUAGAACGGUUCGCUUUGGAGGGAGUGCGCGAAAAUGUGGAUCGCCUUGCUGGGAACACCCAUUCUCCUAGUAGUCCUCUGGCUGCUUCUCAAGAAACUAAACGAAUCCUACUUCAUCCUCUCCCUCACCAGAAGAGUGCGCACCGAGGAUGGCAGUCCCCUGGACAGCAAAGUGGCUGUAAUGCCCGGCAAGACCAUUUUCGGCAACAAUCUGGACAUUCUCAACUUUACACCUGCCAGCGUUUUUAAUUUUGUGCGGGAAUCCACGGCCAAGGCCAAGGGCAGGAAUUAUCUGUGGUAUUUCCUAUUCGCACCCAUGUACAAUGUGGUUCGCGCCGAGGAGGCUGAGGAGAUAUUCCAGAGCACCAAGCUGAUUACCAAGAAUGUGGUUUACGAGCUGAUUAGACCGUUCCUGGGGGACGGUCUUCUGAUUAGCACAGACCAGAAAUGGCAUUCCCGGCGAAAGGCCUUGACACCGGCUUUCCACUUCAAUGUCCUGCAGUCUUUUUUGGCUAUUUUCAAGGAGGAGUGCAAUAAAUUCAUCAAAGUUUUGUAUGAAAAUGAAGAAGGCGAACUAGAUCUCAACCAAGUCAUUCCCCAGUUUACUUUAAACAAUAUCUGUGAAACCGCCCUGGGAGUCAAGCUGGACGACAUGUCAGAGGGCAAUGGAUACCGCAAAGCCAUUCACGCCAUUGAGGAAAUCCUAAUCCAACGCGUUUGCAAUCCUCUCAUGUACUACAACUGGUACUUCUUCCUGAACGGAGACUACCGGAAGCAAGAGCAUAACCUGCGAAUAGUCCACAACUUUGCAUCCGGGAUAAUCCAGCGCAAGCGAGAGCUCUUCAAGCAAAAACAACUGGGCCAUGUGGACGAGUUCGGGAAGAAGCAGCGAUAUGCCAUGCUGGACACUUUGCUGGCCGCCGAGGCUGAGGGCCAGAUAGACCACGAGGGCAUCUGCGACGAGGUCAACACCUUCAUGUUCGAGGGAUACGACACCACCUCCACCUGCCUCAUCUUCACCCUGCUGAUGCUGGCCCUCCACGAGGACGCGCAGACGCGCUGCUACGAGGAGGUCCUGAAUCUUCCCGAGGACAGCGAUGAGACCACAGUGUUCCAAUACAACGAACUGGUCUACUUGGAGUGUGCCAUCAAGGAGUCCCUGAGGAUGUUUCCCUCCGUGCCCUUCAUUGGCCGCCAAUGCGUGGAGGAGUGUGUGGUCAAUGGCAUGGUGAUGCCGAAGGACACGCAGAUCAAUCUCCACAUAUACGACAUCAUGAGGGACCCGCGCCACUUUCCCAAACCGAAUCAGUACCAGCCGGAGAGAUUCCUUCCCGAGAACACGGUGAACCGACAUCCCUUUGCCUUCGUGCCUUUCAGCGCAGGACAGAGGAACUGCAUCGGCCAGAAGUUUGCCAUCCUGGAAAUGAAGGUGCUCCUGGCUGCCGUCCUCAGGAACUUCAAGCUGCUGCCAGCCACUCAGCUGGAGGAUCUCACGUUUGAAAAUGGAAUCGUUUUGCGAACCCAGGAGACCAUCAAGGUGAAAUUAUUGAAAAGGGAAGCUAGUCAUUGAAAGAUAACUAUGUAUCUUUAAAUCUUCUUGCCAAAGUUGUACAAAUUAAUAAAAUAUUGUUUAUUUUUUCUAAAAUAAAUGUGUAUAUGUGUAACUAUUCA